CGGAUUCUUAACCACUGCACCACCAGGGAAGUCCUAGACCUAGUUCUUGAUUGAGACUCUGAUGAAUGUAUAAAAUUUUAAUAAAUAAAGAGUACAGAGCAGAGAGUUUCUGGAGAACAGUCUUGAAGAUAGACUUGGGCCCUACAACUGGACCUUUCACCUGUGAAACACAGGACGUUGGGAAAGAAUUCUUCGCAAAGUCAUUCCAAGAAUCUACUUAGCUUUACUGUGUGAGUGAGAAAGCAAGGUAUCUGGAAUACAUGAAUAUGCUUGAUAAAAUUUCUCAUCCUCUCUCCAAGGGGCAGAAAACAUAAACAAAGGCAGGACUGUAGGAAUGGGCUUCCUAUGUUUUAGUAACAAGUAGCUUAUUCUGGUUUGAGUGAUGGCUCAUAACAAAAAAUAAUGACAGAUAAAAAUGAGAUGACAUUCACAGUUCAUAUAAGCUGCUUAAGGAAUGCUUUCUAACAAAAUGGAGACUUAAAUAACUUGCAUAAUGGCUGUAAAAAAAUUAUUAAAGAGGCAUGAUUCAUCCAGCAUAAGGAAAUAACUUUAUUUCUCAGAAAUCUAUUGUUCCUGCUCACCUUUCUUCUGUUAAAGGAAAGAAAAAUACAUCUCUUAUGAUGACAAUAGCAUUUUUCAUUCCUGGAGAUUUGGAGUUAGUGAGAUUAAAAGAAACAAUUUUGUGGGGUUUCCUUCAGCUAUUUUGAAAGUUAUUUUCCUUACUAACUACCCUCUCCCCUCACCAACUUCUCUUGAAAAGUUAAAAACCACAGAAACAACAUGACUUGGAAAUUGUGCCUCUGGUGGCUGAGUUAAGUCUUGGACAUCUGGACUUCACCAUGGGUAACCUUCAUGAGAAGAACAAAACAAGGUGGUGGGGUUUCGUUAUGGCCAGUGUGUGAGGCCAGAAGGCCCCCUGGGAAUUCUUCAGGGUAUCCAUUCCUGUGUCUGAGAGAUGAGAUGCUCAGACAAUGACUCCCCAGACCACUAUUUCUGGACACCAGCUAGAAGGAGUCUAUAUUCAGGAGGAAGUAAUCCCAGAAAAGGAAGAACAGGCAGAGCAAGAUGUGUAGCUCUGUGGCCGCCAAGUUGUGGUUUUUGACAGAUCGUCGAAUCAGGGAAGACUAUCCCCAAAAAGAGAUCUUGCGAGCAUUAAAGGCCAAAUGUUGUGAGGAGGAACUGGACUUUAGGGCUGUGGUGAUGGAUGAGGUGGUGCUAACAGUCGAGCAAGGAAACCUGGGUCUUCGUAUCAAUGGAGAACUAAUUACUGCCUACCCUCAGGUGGUGGUAGUGAGAGUACCAACCCCUUGGGUGCAAAGUGAUAGUGACAUCACUGUUUUGCGUCAUCUGGAGAAGAUGGGAUGCAGGUUGAUGAACCGACCUCAAGCCAUCCUAAACUGUGUUAAUAAGUUCUGGACGUUUCAAGAGUUGGCAGGUCAUGGUGUUCCUCUGCCAGAUACUUUCUCUUAUGGUGGUCAUGAAAAUUUUGCUAAAAUGAUUGAUGAAGCAGAAGUACUGGAGUUCCCAAUGGUAGUGAAGAAUACACGGGGUCAUAGAGGCAAAGCAGUUUUCUUGGCUCGCGAUAAGCACCAUUUGGCUGAUCUAAGCCAUCUUAUUCGCCAUGAAGCUCCAUACCUGUUUCAGAAGUAUGUUAAAGAGUCUCAUGGAAGGGAUGUACGUGUCAUUGUCGUGGGAGGCCGUGUGGUUGGCACCAUGUUACGCUGUUCAACGGAUGGGAGGAUGCAAAGCAACUGCUCACUAGGUGGUGUCGGGAUGAUGUGCUCAUUGAGUGAACAAGGGAAACAGCUAGCUAUCCAGGUGUCUAAUAUCCUGGGAAUGGAUGUGUGUGGCAUUGACCUGUUGACGAAAGACGACGGCUCCUUCUGUGUCUGCGAGGCCAAUGCAAAUGUAGGUUUCAUAGCCUUUGAUAAGGCUUGUAAUCUAGAUGUAGCUGGUAUCAUAGCGGACUAUGCCGCCUCCCUUCUGCCCUCUGGCCGGCUCACCCGGCGUAUGUCCCUGCUCUCCGUGGUGUCCACGGCCAGUGAGACUAGUGAGCCGGAGCUGGGUCCCCCAGCCAACACUGCUGUCGACAACAUGAGCGCAAGUUCCAGCUCUGUUGACAGCGACCCUGAAACCACGGAGCGAGAGCUGCUCACCAAGCUCCCGGGGGGCCUAUUCAACAUGAACCAACUGCUAGCCAAUGAAAUCAAACUCCUGGUGGAGUGAGUCCACCAGUAAAUAAUUAACCAACAAAACCCUUGUAAAACUUUCUUUUUCUUCUUUCCUUUUUUUCUUUCUUUCUUCUUUUUCUUUUUCUUUUUUUUUUUUUAAACCAACUUGCAAUGCUGUUCAUGGAAAAUGCUCAGAAAGAUGAGAGAAAAUUGAGUAGGAUUAGUUAGGAAGGAAGAAUGGGGAGAUAGACGAGACCUUUGCUACUAAGAUGUUACUGACUUUGAUUUACAAAUCCUACAGAUAGAGAGGCAGAAGAGGUGAGAUACAGAAAAAUGUCAGGCUCUCGUAGUUUUACAUUACUCAGAGAAAUGUGUAGGCUCUCAGGCCAUGAAGAACAUAAUUUUUUCAUGGUCUCUUGCUUUUGUUUUUGUACAGUUGGUACAAAUUUCAGAGUAGUGUAACUUCACAUUGUGUUGUAAACCGUGAGGAAGACAUCUACCUAAAUUACAAUUUUUUUAUACAAAUCUGAAAAUUCAGCCUAUACACUAUUAUCUAGGAUAGCUUUAUGUUCAUAGUUACAAAAUCUUGAGGAGCUCUGUUAUUGACUUUUUCCCCCUUAAUUUGGGUGGGAGGGCAACGUGAAUGUGACCCAAUAAAGAUUUUUUUUAAUGAUAAAGUUGGCAUGUUUGCAUGAUAAAAGGGAAAUGAACAGUAUUGCAAUGUCUGGCACACAAAAUAACAUUUACUCCAUUGUAGAUGAAAUUGCACUAGUUAAAAAUAUGUGCAUUGACUUGUAUUUGUUAGUGUUUUAGCCUUUUUUGAAAGAUAUAUGCUCUGUUAAUGUUGCAUUUUUUUUUUUAAAUACAUGCUAGUCUUAACAUUCCCUGAUCUAUGCCUGCAUCUUUAACAAUGGCCAAAGUGAAGAAAAUGCUACCUUUUUUGUUAACAAGACACUGACUUGAAACAUGUGCAUUUAAAGCCUUUUAUUUUUUUCCUUUUUUCUUUUGGUGGUUGGGCAUUUAAAGAAUAAGGACAAGGAAGAAUAUUUUUGGGGGGCAAAUCAAGGGUCUAUAAGUUCCUAAGUAUAAAGUUGAAGUGAUUUCUAAUACCAGCGUUAUAUAUCUGCAUUUUUCACAUUUUAGGAGGGUGUGUGUGUGCGCGUGCGUGUGUGUGCACGCACGUGCACGCUUGCAUGUUUAUGUGCUUUGCUUUUUGUUUACACCAACCAAUCAAAAAGGAAAGAUUCUAGAAAAUGGAGCAUGAUGGGAAACAGUUUUUUACUUUAAAAAAAAAAACAACUGAGUCGUUUUCAUAACAGUAAUCUACUGGUAGAGGUACUCACCUAAAGACAUGAGGAGAAUGGCUGCUGCUUAGGCUUUUGUGUAUAUGUAUGUUGUUUGCUUUUUUUCUUUGGUUCUAGACUGUUCAGUGUAUGAUUUAUUCCAGGCUACAUGCUUUUCCUCUGCUUCUUGCUGUGCAUUUUCUCCUAUUACACAUAGGUUUUGGGUUGGGGUGGACUGACCGUUUUUGUUUGGGGACUUAUUUAGCAGUAUUGAGUCUCUUAUAGCCCUACUCUGAAGCCUUCAAUAUUCUACUCUUUAUAUUACUUUAUUUCUGAAUUUAUAAAAGCCCCCAAACUGCAUAUAAUAUGAGCCUUUAAACAUGGGUAAAACUAUCCCAGUGAAUGGUUUGGAAGGUGUGUUAAGAAAUGGAGAUGCACCAGAGCUCAACGUAAUUUUUUUAAGCGGCAAGUUCCAUCUCCCUACAAUCCUCUGAAGCUUUUUACCCGAGUCCUUUCUUGCCUCUCCAGUGCUUUUUUCCUUCAGAUGGACAUUAAACAUAAUUUCUUGGACACUACUAGAGAGACUUCGAGGCAAUAAGAUCAGUAUUAACCAGCUCUAACAGAGGUUUGAUCAUGCUUACUUGUACAGUUUUUCCCCCAUUUUAAAAAAGGAAUGUAAUAAAACGUGUUUUUUCCAUAGAAUUAAAUAAUAUUAAAAUGGAGUGAAAGGUUGAUUGUUGACAAAUAGAAUAGUACCUCUGAUCUGUGCAGUGUCUCAUUUCACCUUAGAAAAAGAUACAUAAGAGGACUUUCUAAUUUAUUUUAGGAUAUUCUCAUCUCAUCUAAAAGAAUUUGACUUGUACAGGGUUAUUGUGCGACAUAUUGUGGAAUAUAUAAGUACCUCUGGCUCACUUGGUACUUCUUUUACUAAAUGACCAUACUUUGGAAGAUGCACACUAUUCGGGAUAGAGAAAUAAACAAGGGAGAAGGAAUCGCUUCAUUAAAUCAUCAUUCAUAUGUGUGUAGAGACCAUCUGGUUGCCAUAUAGAUUAUGAUACAUAUACUUUGAAUAGUUACAUGUCACAUGUAUAUAGAUUAGUGAAUUUUAAAACACAAAUAGAACACCCUGUCUAUUUGAUGAAAAACUCAAGGUUUCUGUUGGGUGGGAUAAGGCACCAGGAAAAAUGUAGGUAGCCUUUUAAAAAAAUUAUCAAAUUAGCCAAGUACGUUAGAAGAAAUAUCUGAGAUUAUUUCACUGUUAGUUUUACUCACUGCCCAUCUUUUGUGCAUUCACACUAUGUUAAAACAUAGCCUUACCAACUAUUUCUGGAUCGUACACUGAAUGGACAUCUUAGAGUUUAAAAACAUGAAUAUCCUCUUGAAUUCCUUCAAAAAGUAAGGUAAAGAAUAAGAGCAAAAAAAAAAAAAAAACAAAACAGAGUAAGAGCAAACCAUACUGGAAGAACCCAAAUAAAACAGCCCAGAUAUUUAAGUGAAAGUUAAAUAUAUUUUCAUAUUGUUGAGUAACUUUAAGAUCUUUAUUGCUAUUAUGAGAGGUAAAAAUGUGUAUUUAUCAAAUAUGUAUAGUUGUUAUUUUAUCAUGCAAAAAUCUGAAUUAUUGUAAAAGUAUUGUACAUUGUUAAAAUUGUAAUUCUGAAUUGUAUUUAAAAGUAAUUCUUUCUGAUAUUGUUUUUGUCACCCAUGAUGAAAAGUGGACUAUGUAUAUAUACAUAAACACACAAAUAUGAACUAUUCCAUUUAAAAUUCUUAAUAGUUAUUUUCUUUUGAUUGGUCAUUUCUGUUGGCUUUAACUCCACUGAACUUUGAAGUAUUUCUGUAUAUGCUAUCAAAUAAGAAAAUACCCUGGAACAUUAGAAAAAUCCAUCAAGAGACUUGCUUUCAUCAAGUGCUUUAUCAGACUUUUGAAAAGGUAUAGAAGGCGUUGAAAGAAGUAAUUGACUUUCAAGAUCAUCUCUUCUUUUUCUCAAGAAGAAAACAAAGGAAAAAGAAAUUCUCUUCAUUCAGUGAGUCCCCAGUUUGGGGUCUGGGGCGCUUAGAGACAUUGUGAAAUCAAAUCUUGUGUUACAUUUUUCUCCUGGCUCACUCUUUUUGAGAAGGUUUAUGGGCUAUAUGGCUGGUGAGACACGAUCCCCUCCUAAGAAAAUGUAGGUGCUCAGACAGGUAACCUCUGCUGCUACUGUUUUUAUUUGUUUGUUUGUUUGUUUAAUUUCUUUUAUAAUUUGUUUCUGUCGUACUAGGAUAUUUUUAAAUGUAAUAUAUUGCAGGAUUUAUAACCAGGUUCACUGCUUUCUUUCUUUUUUUUUUUUCUUAAACCAAACAAAACAAAAUUUCAUUUAAGAUACAUUUAGGCGCCUUUGAAGCUUGGAUUUUGGAAUGUUUCAGUAGUGGACAGAAAUCUGCUGUUGGAAUCUUCUAGUCUUCCAGGUUUAAUUUGAAAUGUUUUUAGUUUUGUUUUGGAUUUUUGUGUGGUAUUUUAUUUCCUUUAUACCAAUGCCCUUUUGCCAUGCUGUUUUGGGGUGGCUGCCUAACUCUAGUGAAAAUUCUUUCUAUAUUAACGAAAAUGUGGUGUUUUAAAUUCCUUAAUGUUUUGCAUUUUUAAAAUUGUUUUUAAAGAAAUAUUCUAACUGCUUGCACUAUUACUGUUCUUUGCCAGCCUUUUCAGGAGACAAAAAAACAAAAACAAACAAACAAAAAAAUACCCAGAGAAAAAACUUUCCUUCUUCCCCCUUCCUGAUGAUGAGUGAGAAGUAUUGAGAACUUUCGGGGUCAGUGCCCUUCUAAACUCCCCUUCCCCCAAUAAUGCAGCUGUAGAAUGAAUGGUAAAUGCAGCGGUUUGGAUUCAGGCACAGCCCCAGCCUGCUGGCAGGUGGCGUAUGUGUUCGUGUUUUAAUGUAUUCAGAGCCAUUGGGCAAUAAGCAGUCCAGAACAUGAAAACUCAAGCAGGUAAAGCGCCUAACACCCUUAGUUUCUAGAAUUACUUUUAAAAACUCCUUUAUUGCUGCAUCUUCCACAAGUCUUUUGGUAGUCUCUGAACUUAAAAUUUGGAGGAGUUGACUACCUAGUUAAAAUUUUAAGUUAUGCAUUUAUUAUUUGUAGGGACAGGUGAAGAAGGAAAGUAACAGAAAAGGAAUGGCUCCUUGAGAUGGAAGCUGCUGAGUGUCUAAAUCUUUCCAGCUCCCCCCUCCUCCAGCUUAGCAUGAACAUUGAUCACACGUGUUUUGAUCUUCUGUGAUUGGGAUUUUUGUUGUUUUAACUUGGAGGGGAGGUUUCGGGGAAACAGGAACUUCAUACACAUGUGAAAAUAUGAAAUGUUAAGGGAUUUUUCUGUUUAAUAUGAAUAGUAAGCAAGAACUUUUUCUAUAUACUCUUCUGCUGCAGCAGAGAAAUAAACUGGUAGGUGGCAGCAGAAGAAAGAAUUCUUCAGAUUGAUGGCUACUGACAGAAUCUGCAUAGGAGAAGCGAUAGAGCAUGACAUACCACGACAAGCAAAGGGGGCAAAAAUGGAAACAGGACUACGAUCCCUGAUCUUGACUCUUAAAUGGUUCUUUUGAUCUCACAGAAUGGAUGAAGACAGUAUGUUUUUUCAAAUGGAGGAUAGAAGUACACAGAACAAGGAAGCAAUAGCUCUAACCUGUUUAAUUCAAUAUGCUUUCUAAAAUAAAAACACCAGAACUGGAAA